UGCUCCAGCAUGAGUCAGCAUUUCUCUCGGAGGACUUUUAUUGCGCCGCUGCCACUCUGCCAAGAGAGAGGCGAGCCCGUCUUGAUUCCUGCAGCUUUGUCCCGAGGAGUCGGAUUUUUGCAGCGAUGCCUGGCAAAUACACGCUCACCUACUUCCCCGUCCGCGGACGUGGUGAAGCCACCCGGAUGCUGCUGGCUGAUCAAGGCCAGGAGUGGACAGAAGAUGUAGUGACUGGGGAGAUAUGGCAGAAGGGAGACCUCAAGAAAUCUUGUGUCUUUGGCCAAGUGCCUAAAUUUCAAGAUGGAGAUUUUGUACUGGUCCAGUCAAAUGCUAUCCUGCGUCACUUGGCGAGGAAUCAUGGGCUGUAUGGUCAAGAUGCACGAGACGCAACGCUGCUGGACAUGGUGAAUGAUGGAGUGGAGGACCUACGUUUGAAAUAUGUCCGCCUCAUCUAUCAGAACUAUGAUGCAGGCAAAGCUGAGUACAUUGAGGCCCUGCCAGCCCAGCUCCGCCCUUUUGAGAACCUUCUGGCUCAGAAUGAUGGAGGGAAAGGCUUCAUUGUAGGCAAAAAGAUCUCUUUUGUAGACUACAACCUCCUCGACAUACUACAGUUGCAUCUCGUCCUGGCACCGAAAUGUCUGGAUUCCUUCCCUUUGCUGGCUGCCUAUGUGCAGAGGCUCAAUGCUAGACCACAUCUCAAGACUUACCUGGAAUCUGAGGGCCGCAAACAGCGUCCCAUCAAUGGAAAUGGCAAACAGUGAAUGAAUUCCUUCACAGUGAGGCAGCUUUUGUGAUGUCCCGUGGAAUCUUUGUAGAGGUUUUUUGUAGUAUGGGCAAAAUAAAUGCUAGUUUCAGUAAAA